UGCAAAUGUGUAAUGACAGAUGGGCAAAUAAAGUAAACAAAUAUAAGAAAUUUCCAGUGCUAGAAUUUAUUCGUCCACUUCAAUGGCUUAAAUAAUGAAGAAUCUGAAAAGUGUAUCUGUGCAAGUUAUCGACAGCGAUAUAGCAGUGCUGUUACCUAAUGGUGUUUAUGAAAUUAAACAAAUGGAGACAAAAUCUUCCAGAUUAAAACAGAUAUGCCUUUUUUGCCUUGCCUUAUGUGUAUUUGGAAUUUUUGGUUUUGGAUACUUCUGCCCUGAUAAGGUGUGUGCCCUCAGUUCCAAAGAAACAAGCAUUUUGUUAGAAGAUUUUGGUAAACCUUUAGCUCAUGGAAGUAGUAAAGUAGGCUUAAGUUAUGACGAUAUGUUAAAUGAUGAUUUUUCUUUUGAUAUGGAUUCUCAUGAUGUUAUGGUUUUUUUGCACAUGCAAAAAACUGGAGGUACAUCUUUUGGUAAACAUCUUGUUCAUGACUUGGAUUUAAAAAGACCAUGCAAGUGUCCCAGAAAACGUAAAAGAUGUUACUGUUUUCGACCUCAUUCGAACCAGAGUUGGUUAUUUAGCCGAUACACAACUGGAUGGAAGUGUGGCCUUCAUGCAGACUGGACCGAAUUAACUAGUUGUGUGGACGAAAAACUAGAUGACUUGGAAGAUGUUGUUAAAAGACGUUACUUCUACAUCACAUUACUUCGAGAGCCAGUGUCGAGAUAUUUAUCCGAGUUCCGUCAUGUGCAAAGAGGGGCUACUUGGAAAGGAUCCAAGCAUUUCUGUAAAGGUAAAGCAGCCAGUGAUAAAGAAAUUCCUCCUUGCUAUGAAGGGGACAAUUGGGAAGGGGUACAGUUAGACGAAUUUAUAGACUGUGACAGUAAUUUAGCUGCAAAUCGCCAGACCAGAAUGUUAGCAGAUCUCGAAUUGGUUGGAUGUUAUAAUAAAAACUAUAUGCCGGAAGCUGAUCGUGACAGGAUAAUGUUGGUUAGUGCGAAGAAAAACCUCCAAUCAAUGGCCUUUUUUGGUUUAACUGAACACCAGAAGAUUUCGCAAUAUAUAUUUGAAGAGACAUUUAAUCUUAGAUUCGCCAUUCCUUUUGAACAAAAUAAUGCCACUGUAUCGAGCUCCACAUUGCCUACUUUAACGACAAAACAAGCAGCAAAAAUAUCUCAGCUAAAUAAGCUAGAUAUUGAAUUAUAUAAUUUUGCGAAAAAACUACUUUUUGACAGAUUUGAAAAGUUGAAAGCCAGAGAUUUAGAUUUCGAGGAGAGAUUUAAACAUUUAGGGGAGUUGACAAUUAAGAACGGUCCUACUGAGUUUGAUUGGGAAAAAUUAGAAGAUCCUACAGAGUCUUCGAAUUGAACCGAUUUAUUUUUUAAUUGAGGAUAUAAAGUGCCAUAUUUUGUACUGUGUUAUUUUAAAACUGUGUGGUGGAAUUUUACUAUUAAUUUUCACUAAUAUCACAUUUUAAUAUUACCUACUUGCUCCCGAUUAGUCGGGAAUAAAUAGUGAUAAGCAAAGAGAUGGGACAGCAACGCGCUUGGUCAAGUAGACCUGUGCCCCCGGGUCUGCUUCCCUGCAUGGGAACUGACAGUGAUCCUUUAGGGGCUGAUUUUUGUUUUCAGCACAGGAUCCAAACAAACUUGAACUGAGAUGAGAAGUGAAGAUUUUAUUUUCUUUUUAGUUGAAUGACUACAUAUUAUGACUUUAAAAUAAUUUUAAACCACGUUUUUAGACAGACCUUUUAAAUUUCACCUCACUAUUGGUUGAAGUUAAGAAACGUAAUUCUCUUUGAAAAGUUUUUUUUAAUGAGAUACUAUUAGAUGUUUUUUAGUGUAUUGAAAAAAUCUGUAGAAGCAACAAAUAUAAAGUAAAGCUGUGGUAUUUAACACCAAAAUAGGUUCAUAAGUUUAACACCCACAGGUUUAAUAUUGUAAGAUAAAAAAAUAUAUUAAUAAUUAAAAUAUUGCUUACCAUUUCUCAUUUAAAAACUGGUGUUACUUUUAAAGAAUUAACUAUAUACAAUUUUAAUGCAACAUUUACAAUAUACAUUCAAAGUAUUACUGAUAGUUAAUGCUCAAGUAACAUCUUUUAAGUUUAUGAAGCCAUAGUGGUAUCUAACUGUAUGGGGUGAUGUCCAUUUUUUUUUUCAAAUUUAAGAUAUUUUAUUUUUAACUACAAUUAUCAAUUGGCUAAUCAGUGAUGUUUGUUGUAUUCUCCAUGUUAUUUAUGACCUCCUCCCAACUUUAACAAUUCCGGUUUUGACUCGUCCAACCAAACUCUUAACUCACUGUUAUUGUUAAAAGCAACUCCACGUAAGGAGUUUGACAAAGAGCGGAAAAGGUGAAAAUCAGGUGCGAAAUCGCGAGAGUAAGAUGGGUCCCAAUUCAACUCCCGAAUGGCCGUUUUGGUUAUAUUGGCAAUGUGUAUACAUUGUCAUGUUGUAAAAGAACAUCAUAUCGCUGAUCAGGUCUUUUUUUACUGAAUAGCCGUGUGGAGUCAGCAUAGUUGUUUUGUUUUGACAGUUUGAUUGUUUGGUACAAGUUUAUGAUAAAGAAUCCCUUUCCAAUUCAACCAGACACAUAACAUUGUCUUCCAGGGAUGAAGUUCUGGCCUUGUUCACAGAGUUGCUUGUUUCUUGGGACUUAAUUCAUUCUUUCCACUGGUUCAAGUUCACUUACAGACACUAUUUUUCAUCAUAGUGACAAUAUGAUGAAUAAAAUGUUCCUUCUGACGACAGAUCAAAACGUGGGAUCCAAGCGCCGAGUCUUUGAACUUUUUCCAUCGAAUGCAGGUGGGUUACUACUAUUUUGUGAUCAUAUCCCUUCUUCUAAGCCAAUACCCUUGUUGAUUGUCUUGGAUUUUUGUGAAGCAGUCAAUUAAAUUGCUCUUCAUGUCUUGAAAUCACCUUUAAAAAGCGAAAACUAUCGGCGGGCCGUUUGUUCAUUCAUCGAAUCAUCACCAUAUAUGGCACAAAUUUCUCGAGCAGCUUGAAUGGCUUUAGCGUUUUCCCUGUUCCGAUUAAAAACAAAAAGCAAGUGCCGAAAAUGAUAAAUUUCAUCAACUUGACAUUCCAUUUAAAAUGAAUGAAAAUUUACAAAAAUUAAAUCAAACGAAGCAAUCAAAUACACAAUGUGAUGGAGCAAUAAAUCCUCUUACGAAUGACGUGUCACUUUGACAGUGCGUUUAAUUUUCGUGUGAAUUUUUAAAUAUGAUAAAAAAAUGGACAUUACUUAUUCCUCAUCCCAAUACAUUCAUUUUAAGUAAAAAUAUUCAAUUGGAAUAUUUCGAAUAAAUAUUUACAGCACACCGUUUGUGUGUGUGUGUGUGUUCCGUUAUUUUGAAGUGUUUAACUAUCCACGAACUCUAAAGACUAGAGGUUAUUAUAUCACCAUUUAAGGCACUUCAUUAAUAAUUUUAAACAUCUUGUUAAAUUUACCAAUUAAUGCUUUAAAGGUUCAGUAGCAGUUUGUCAAUUUUCGAGGUGAUGAUCUAAAAAAUUUAUAUCUAAAACCCUUUCCUGUAGAGUCCGUAAACUGAUGACGAUAUAAAUCCCAGUGAAGAAAUGUACACAAGAUAUUCAUACAAUUUCACCACACAGCUCUAAAAGUAUCUAUGAUUAUGAAGUUCGGUGUGCCUCAAAAUCGACCAUUUUCCAGUAUCUCAUCAUUAUACCAACAUUAAAUCAGAAUCACUGUUGAAAUAAUUUGAAUCUACAGUAAGAUCGUAUUCGAUGCAAAGUAGAGCAAAAAAUUGUCGGUCUU